CUGCAGAACAAGUGGAGACGCCGGAUUCCUGACACACCUUUCCUCACACACGUCCUCAACCCGACGCCAUGAGCAAAAUAAAAAAGGGUUUGAAAUGGUUGGGGAGCCUCAGCAGCCUCUCCUCCCGCCGCUCCCCGGAGAAAAGCAACAACAAAGCAGCCUCUCAGUCUGGUGCGAGUCUCUGCGGAUCCAGGCAGCCGGCGGCAGCAGCGGCAGUGCUGGAGGAGACGCAGUCACUGGAGGACAUGCAGUCCGGCCUCCGCAGCCCCGGCUACGCCCGCUCCAGCGACAUGUACACCCAUGUGGGGACGGUUCCCCGCGGCGAGAAGCAGAAGAAGAGCCUCCGGGGCCGGAAGGCUGCGGAGAGCCCGGAGGGCGGGAGCCUGAACCCGGGGGAGAAUGUCCGAGACUCCCCGCUGCUCGGCGCUCUGUCCAGCCUCAGCCUGACAAACCUGGAGCAGGUUCGGCCCGCCGCGCCCUGCCGGGUUUCACCUUUGACCCCAGCACCCGCCGGCUGCCCGUCAGAUGACCCCGUUACUCAGCGCGAGGCGCAGCAUUUCAACAUGGCUUCAAAGCAGGACGUUUAUGUUCCAAUGGACCCGAUUUCUGAAAGAGCGCGCAGCCACGGCGACCCACAGGAAACCACCGAGGCGCCACAGGAAGUGGAGGCUGGCGGCAGGUUAAAAAAGGUGACAGAUUGCAAUGGAGAAUAUGUGAAAUUCUCCAAGGAGAAGUUCUGGUUGGAGCCGCCAUCGGAAAAACUGAGGAAGCAGCUGGAGGAGGAACUGAGGCUGAGCGGCACCUACCUGAAGAGCCACGCCUGGUACCACGGCCCAAUACCCUGGGAGGUGUCGGAGAGCUUGGUGGUGAACAAAGGUGAUUUCCUCCUCAGAGACUCCCAGUCCAGUCAGGGCGGCUUCGUCCUCACCUGCCGCUGGGAACAGGAAGCCCUUCACUUCCCCAUCAGGAAGAUGGAGGUCCAGUCCGGGGAGUCGUACAGCCGGGCCCAGUACAGCCUGGAAAAAGAGGCCUUUGACUCGGUCCCGGCCCUCGUUCACUACUACGUGGGCAGCCAGGCGGCUCUGACGCUGUGGAGCAGAGCUCAGAUUAACCAGCCGGUGAACAGGACGCUGCCGCUCAGCUUCCUGGAAACGGCCUUCAGCGCAUCGUCCAACCAGAGAGACCUGAAGGGAGAGGAGCGGGUCUGUCCGAUCAGCCCAUCCUCCGUUCAGCCCGGUACUGGAUCUGACUGGAAACAGGACAGCCGGGCGCAGAAUCCUGCUGCACAUUCUCCUCACAGUCACAGCUCUCCAUCCAGGAGCCUCAGUUGUAGCCGGGCCCCCGGUGUCACAUCGUCUCCAUCCCUAUCAACCCCAUCAGACUCCACCCUGCUGGGACAGCGGCUCCACGUUCCCCGCUCUGACCCGCCGCAGGACUCGGCCUCCUGCGACAGAGACGGCUCCUGGGAGCUGCAGCCUCAGAGCUACGUGGAGCGGCUGCAGGCCGAGGAAGCCCCGCCCACUGCCGACUCUCUGGGUUCGGAGGAUGGGGACGUGUACUUCUCUCCGGUAGUGGAGACGGCUUCCUGUUUCAGACCUGGCAGGUACCACUCAGCGCUGAUGCCCCAGGAGAACAAGCCCCUGGAGGUGGGCAUCCUGCGCAGGGUGAAGGAGCUGCUGGCCGAGGUCGACCCCAGGACGGCGGCCAGACACAUCACCAGGACCGACUGCACGGUGGCGAGAAUUUUGGAGGUGAGUCCAGAGAUGAAAAGAAAGAUGGGAGUGAGUUCAGGGAUGGAGCUGCUGACGCUGCCGCAUGGACAGCAGCUGAGACUGGACCUGCUGGAGAGGUUUCAGACCAUGGCCACCAUGUUGGCCGUCAACGUGUUGGGAUGCACGGGAACGACGGAGGAGCGGGCCGCCCUGCUGCACAAAGUCAUCCAGAUCGCAGCCGAGCUGAAGACCACCACAGGCGACAUGUUCGGCUUCGCUGCCGUCAUGAGAGCGCUGGAGCUGCCGCAGGUGUCUCGUCUAGAGCAGACUUGGACGACGUUACGGCAGCGACACACAGAGGGCGCCAUUCUCUACGAGAAAACGCUGCGGCCGUUUCUGAGGAGCCUGAAUGAUGGACGAGAAAGCUGUCCGCUGUCCAGCACCACCUUCCCCCACGUCCUGCCCCUCCUCACCCUGCUGGAGAAGAGCUCUGCGGUGGGCGAGGGGACGGAGCGGUGGGAGACGGCGGAGGUCGGCGUGGAGGUGGUCAUGCUCCACCUGACGGCGGCGAGAACUAUCGCUCAGCUGGGCGGGAUCUAUCACUCCAACGCUAAGAGCAAAUUAAAGGGUUUCCAGGAGCAGGCCGAGGUCAGGGAGAUCUUCCUCACCGACUUCCAGAUGAGGCUGCUGUGGGGGAGCAGAGGAGCCGAGGAGAACCAGGUCCUCAGAUACUCCAAGUUCGACCAGGUGCUGACCGCCUUGUCCAACCGGCUGGAACCGCCGAUCAGACGGCACUGAUCCCAGAGACGUUUAACUGAUCAGCUGGUGGAUUCUCUGACAUCCGUUCAAAUCACUUUAAAGUGUAACUAACCCUCUGUGAAAUCAUAAACACGCUCCCUGACAACUGUAGAAAACUUCAAGAGGGUUUCGAUGUGGGCAUUUCUAAAGAGCAAAUUUGAUUGGCUAGUUCCAGCAACAAAAACAUUUCAGAAACUUACAGAAAUCAUCUGAGGUGACUGCUUUAAAAAGUCCAAGAAGAAAACAAGAAGUUAACGGUACAAUUUAUUUUAGAAACAUUAUUUUUUUAAAUGCUGUUUUUAAAUAUCUUUUUUGUUUUUAACUACUUAUAUCAGUUUUAUGUUACUUCAGUAACCAAAAUGGAUUUUUUUUGUAUUAUUUUUGUUGUAUUGAUAUAUCUUUGUAAUUUAUUGAAUAAAUCUGAAAAAUCAAAAUGAAUGAAUUAAAUCAAAAAUAUAAAUGUUAAACCAAAAUUCAUCGUUGUAACCAAUCAGAAAAUUAAACUGCAGUGACCACAGUUCAUCCAGAGGGGGCAGCGCUGUGCCAGUUUAGCUCUGCAAAC